UGUUACUGUGGGUCAACAGGAGCUCGCUGCGUGCGCAAGCCUUUGGGCCCUAGACAGUAACGCAUUGACUGAUUGCAAAAUUAUAAACAUGUACGGCCCAAUUUGCUAGGGCGCAUAUAUUAAUAGGCACUGCCAGCCACGCGCGAGCAUGUACUUGGCAACAGGAUUCUCAGUUCUCGGGCGUUCUUCGCCAGCUUACUCGCAUCGCAUAGCGGAGGCUACAACAAGCAUCAAUUCAGGCCUUCAAGCCGGGGCCUUCGUCUCGUCGAACCGGUGUGCACGCGGUCUGCGGACGCGGGCCUCCACAUCCCAAACAAACAGCAGCCGGCACGGUGGUUGGCAGCUGCGUGCCUCUGCAUCCGCAUCUCCGCCCGUGCGUGGAGCAGUAGCACCAACGUUGGCAGCACGGGUCUCGCGCGCUGCGGCCAUGUCCGGGGCAGGCGGCCUGCGGGCAGCUGCCUCAGCAGGCGCGACCGCACCCGCUGCCUCGGCGGGGUUCGCGCAAUUGCCUGGCAGCCUGCGGGUUGCGAUCGUGGGUGACGUGCACGGCGCUUGGAAGCCGGAUCGCGAGGAGGCGGCCCUGCGGUAUCUGGCCCCCGACAUCACACUGCUAGUGGGCGACUUCGGGAAUGAGAACGUGGAGCUCGUGCGGCAGAUCUCGGAGCUCCCACUGCGCAAGGCGGUUAUCCUAGGCAACCACGAUGCGUGGUUCACCAUGAAGGGCGGCGCGGCUGCGGGCGCGCGGCGGCCGGCGGUGCAGCAGCAGCUGAGCGCGGCGGACCUGUUGCAGGCCAUGCAGCGCGGCGAGGGGCUGACCCACGAGCAGGACGGCGUGCGCAAGCAGUUGGCGGCACUGGGGUCGGAGCACGUGGGGUACGGCGCCAUGCCGCUGGAGGGGCGGGGGUACACGGUGGUGGGCGCGCGGCCCUUCUCCAAGGGCGGCAAGAACUUCAGCAGCAUCCGGCCCUUUAUGGUGUCGCUGUACGGCGUGCAGUCCAUGGAGGAGUCGGCGUUCAGGAUCACACAGGUGGCUAGCUCGGCGGCUGAGGAGCACGCGCUCAUCGUGAUGGGGCACAACGGCCCAGCGGGGCUGGGGUCUCGGGCCUGGGACAUCUGCGGUGUGGACUGGGAGAGCAAGGCGGGUGACCACGGCGACCCGGACCUGCAGACGGCCCUUGCCAACCUGGCUGCCUGCGGGCGGCGUGUGUCGCUGGUCACGUUUGGCCACAUGCACCACCACCUGAGCUCCCGCGGAAGCCUCGGACUUGGCCACCGGUUCCGGCGCAUGGCGCACAUCGAUCCCGACACGGGCACCGUGUUUCUCAACUCGGCCACCGUGCCCCGCGUGACCCCCGCGCCGCCGCUGCCCACCGGGCCCCACGACCACGACUCCAACCUCCACCCCGACCACCACCACCACAAGCGGCCCCACGGCACCACCGGCGGCGGCAGCGCUGGGUCCUCUCCGCCCACGUCACCCAAGGCAUACGGCAGCGGACGGCGGGCGCGCAUGGCGGCGAAGGCGGCCAAGGCGGCGGCGGCGGCCGCCGCCGCCGCCGCCGCCGGGCACAUCUCGGAUGGCGGCUCUGAGCAUCAGCACCAAGAAGCGACUGCGCACCACUUCAUGUUCGUGCACAUGGAGGGCGGCGAGGUGGUGAGCGCGCGGGACGUGUGGGUGCAGGUGACACCAGUAGAAGACGAGGAGGAGGCCGAGGAGGUGAUGGCGGCGCUGACAGCGGCGGCAGAGGCCUCCGCGUUGGCUGCCGCCGCUGGGGCCUCGACUGCCGCUGCUGGCGACGGCAAUGUGGAUGCCGGGUCCGCCGCUGGUGUUUCGGCUUCUGUCAGCUCAUCAGACGGGGACGAGGCUGCGGCGGCGGCGGUGGCGGCGGCGGCGGCGGCGCUGCCGCCAGCGCGGCCGAAGCGGGUGGGCGAUUUUGUCGUACACACGUUGCGGCAACACGAGGUCGUGCGUACGGUGGCGGCGGCGGAACCCGGCAAGGUCGUUAAGUUCGUAUGGAACGCGUACGAUCAGCUGUACGAGCCCGUGGUGCUCAACCGCCAAGCGGUUGGUAACGGUGCCGUACGGAAUGGUGCGGAGGCGGCGGUUGGUGUGCCGGGGGAGGAUGGGACAGACGCGGCGGCGGUGGUGGUGGUGGAGGCGGCGGAGGGGGCGAAAGAGGAGGUGCGGGUCGAGGCGCAUUGACGGUAGGAGCUGUGGCUUUCGGCUGUGUGGUGCGUGCAGGAAGUGCUGCACACCUGGUCGUCUAAUCUGUUGCUGUGUUUGGCGAACUGAUGUCUAUUAAUGCCAGUGCGCGGUCGGCAACCAGCUUGCAUUGAGCGCCAGCUGGUCGCGCGAGGCCCACUGACCCUCAGGCAGCACCCGAUGCCCCCAUCACCUGUAACUGCAUCGCGUC